ACGUAUCACCGUCAACAGUUGCCUACGUCAAAGUUCUCUAUUUUAUGAAUCCAAGUUAGACUGCGUAGGGAUUUAGGCCACGGUGCGUUUUCACCAAUCAGCGGGGACGUUUCGGUUGCUACACAGUGAACUAACAUCAAGUUGUUGAAUGGAAGUUUCUGCUUGCCUUAAGUGAGGGCUGAAAGGGGGCAGUUUUGAACCGUGAGCUAUCUGAUCCGACUUUCUAACCAGACUGCAUCCUGUUGUGAGCAGAGCGGGACAAGCUCACCGAGGAAUACGCUUCUCGUGACUUUUCCAAUAGCCUCUAUUCUAAGGAGUCUCCGGGACCGUUGAAACACCGGGACAAACUGUUCUUCAAGUUGUUCAGGAUUCACGUUGGAAGCACCCGUGACGGUGCUCUAGGCUGUAGACCGUAAACUUUUACUUUAGGACUGACAGAUGGACCUUUGGAGUUUAAUCUUUCGAGUUUGCGUGCUAUGAAUAACUUUUCAUUUUAAUCAACUACCGGAAUUUGAACCGUUCCUUGAGUUUUUCGUUAGCAUUUUAAACUUCAGCCUCUGUUUUAAAAUUUUGUGUAAAAUAAGAUUUUUUUGGUUAGUUAGGCUACUCGACUACGACACUUCAAAAUGGAUAAAUACGACGAUUUGGGUCUUGAGGCGAGUAAAUUCAUUGAAGACCUGAACAUGUACGAGGCGUCUCGAGACGGGCUGUUCAGAAUGAGGAGAGACGCGGGGAACAACCCGGACUUUGAAGAAACCAGAAAAGUCUUCGCCACCAAAAUGAAUAAAAUCCACAUGCAGAAGCAGCAAGAGGAAAUGGCGAAAAACAGCUUGGCCGUGAGAAUGAAUGGGGGUCACCACAGAGUUACCGACCACACGUUUUACACCAAAGACAGGCCGCCUAUCAAUAGCUACCGACUGGCGGGUGAAGCAGCGGCCAAACCUCCGAUUCUCUCUGGCCCCAUGCCGGGUGCCGGUAGCCAGUACGGACCUUACGACGGUCAGAAACAUAACUCAGGACUCCAGCACGAAGUUGUAACCGGCAGAGCAUACAACUACGAGAAUAAGGAGCGUUUGGAGCCGCAUUCUUACCAACAACACACCACGACUGUCCUCGGCUCUGGAAACAUGACCCACGCCGUCCCCACAUACGGGGGUCAUGGCCCCGCCAGCCCCUCGGGUGCCUGGGGUCCCUCCCAGCUUAACCAACCCCCUCAGGGAGCCUCUUAUGGGGGCAGCCAGCUUCCACCGCCCCAGCCUCCUCCGCCCCAGCCCCAGCGCCACUCUCCUUCCUCCUCCUUCUCCAGUACCCUCCCAGCUCCCAGCUCUCCUGGGCCCCUCCAGAGGCCCCCUGCCGGGGCUGUGAGAGGCUGGGCUGGGGAGUCCUCCAUGACAGGGAGACCAGACCUGAUUCCCUCCCUGCCUCUGAGUUCCUUCACUGGGGGAGCUGAGCUGUACCUGCCCCAGCCCAAGCCUCAGCCCCAGCCUCAGCCCCAGCCUGCCCCCAUCACACCCCUGCCUCUUGCCUCCUACUCCCCUCCCUCCACUGCCCCCAGACCCUCCACCCAGACAGACCUCCGUUACAAUGGUCAGCCCCAGCCUCAGCCCCAGAGCCCUGGUCCUCUCUCAACAGCCUCGGCCCAAGUGGCAGCCUCUUCCCCGGCCUCUCCUCCUCCUCCCUCCCAGUCGGCCCAACCCAGAGCCCGGGCCCUGGCCCCGGCCCUGGCCCCAGGUGCAGUCUCCACCAACUUCCUCCAGGGUCGGGGUCCUAGCCAGGCCAGUCAGACUGGCCCUGGGGGGCCCACGGCCCCUGGUCCAGAGUACCCACAGCCCUCCCCUGGACAGGUGGUCUGCAGUGCCCAGCCCCAGGUCCAGGUCCAGCCCCAUACCCUGGCCCAGGCCCAGCCCCAGGUCCAGCCCAAUGCCCAGCCCCCCAGGGCUGUCAGGCUGCCCUGCCAGACCCUCCACGUGCAGCCGGAGCAGGGCUUGUCAGCAGUAGAGCUCCAGCUGGAGGCUCUCACCCAGCGGCUGGAGAACGAGAUGGACGCCCAGCCCACUGCAGAGCACUUUGGGAGCUGUGUGAAGUGUGACCAGCCUGUGUAUGGAGCCAGCCAGGCCUGCCAAGCCAUGGGAAGCCUCUACCAUGACUACUGCUUCACCUGCAGCGCCUGCAGUAAGCUGCACACACCCUACACACACAUACACACACACACAUACACACAACACAUACACACAACCCCUGCAGCCAGCCAACCAGAUGCCUCUGGGGACAAUCAGCAGGCAGCUGAUUGGCUAAGUGGCGAGCCCUGUGCAAACUGGCUGUAA